AGCUGUUCGUUGUGGGGAGGGUCGAGGGGUUGUCGUUGUCUCCCCACCAAUUUUGUUUUGUACGCGGAGCUGUUUACUUGGGGAAAAAAGCGAGUGCUCAUACAAUUAGCGCAAGUGCAACCCCCCUUUCUCGCCAGUAUAUAAUUUGGAUAUAUGUGUGUGUUAUUUGAGUGCAAGUGACCGAAGCCACGACAACCAAAGAUCAACGCACGCACAGAGUUCCAACAAAGGCUGUCCGCUUUAGUGGUCCGGUGACUUUCGCCGGAGAGGUUACUCCGUUUGGCUGUUAUACUCCCUACCCACAGUCACAUUCCCACCCGCACCCAUAUCCAAGGGCCGCCUCGUUCGGAUGGCAAGACAAUAAAGGAGCACAAAGAAAACAGACUGAGAGUAGAGCUCCUUUGUCGCAUCUCUGGAAAUUCAUUUGCCAGUGAACCAUCGUGAAAAGCGAUGACGGAGAGCGAGGAGUUGAUGAAUAAGUACGGCGAGCCAUUGCGCUACGACCGCAACUUCACGGGACCUCGGCAGCGGGAUCGCAGCUGUACGGAUGUGCCCUGCCUGCUGCUCUUCGCGCUUUUCCUGGCUGGAUGGGGCUUCAUCGCACAGUACGCCAUCAAGCAUGGUGAUCUCAAUAAGCUGAUGGUACCCACAGACUCAUUCAACCGCAAGUGCGGCAUCGACUCCGGCGUACUGAACAAAAAGAACCUCUUCUUCUUUAAUCUGGAGCAGUGCAUUGAUCCUUUAGUUCCCCUUACGGGCUGUCCCACACCCCAGAUAUGUGUGGAGAAAUGUCCCAGCCAGACGUUCGUCUGGGACACAAUGAAGAAUUCGCUGAGCUUUGACGAUCUGCACAGUCGCCUUAUCUGCCUUACGGAGGAGACCAAGGCGCAGAUUCGCAAUAAGGAGCAAAUGAACGAUGCCAUCCAGAAAAACUUGUGUGCCCGAUGGUACAUUAAGAGUGCCCCCUUCCUCAACCGCUGCCUCUUUGAGUUUUCACCACAGGUGUGCCAGUAUAUUCCCGCGUUCCUUCUAAAAAGCGGACGCUCCCGACGGGAUCUAAUGCUGUUGCCUGGAAAUGCCACCACUGAGAUCGAGCUGGAAGCCAAGGUCAUGGCGCUCAGCAUGGCGAAGGCACAAUCUCUAGUCGCCCCCCAGGUAAAUUCCAAGCAAGCACCGGUGGAGGAGGAGCCGGCGACUCAGUGCCGACGCACACUCAACGAGGCUGUAAUUAAGGAGAAGAUGAUGCAAACGGACACGCGGCUAGCAAAGAUGGUGGGCAACUUGGUGGCCCAUUUCUACAAUGGUACCCACGACGCGCAGCGAUUGGGCGAGGAGAUAGUCGAGGAUCUGGUCAACUCCUGGUCAAUUGUGCUGGUGGCAUGUUUUUGCACGUUGAUUGCCUCACUCAUCUUCAUAUCUCUGAUGCGGUGGCUUUCGGCUCCAAUCUUAUGGUUCUCCAUCUUCGGCGUGCUCAUUGGCCUUCUGGUAGGCAUUUACUACACCGUGAGGCAGUACAUCUACUGGGAGCAGACGCCCACGGUGCCGGUGCAUGGCUUGAAUCUACAAUCUACAGUUAAGAAUGUGCUCCAAAACAAAAAUACCUGGCUCUACCUGUCAAUAUUUGUGGCAGUGUGCUUCGUGGUUAUCUUGCUGCUGGUCAUUGUGCUGAGGAAACGCAUCCGGAUAGCCAUUGCUCUAACGAAGGAGGGCAGCAAGGCUGUGAGUAGUGUGAUUAGCACUGUUUUCUUCCCCAUCUUCUCCUGGAUACUCUUCAUAGCGGCGAUUGCGUUUGCCAUCGGUGUGGGUUUAUACCUGGGCUCCAUCGGCCAACCCUCGUUCAGGAUGGUGCGUCAGUUGACUGCUGAUGGUGAUGUGACGAACGAGCCGUGCGUCUGCGAAGGUCCAGCCAUCAAUUAUACGAUCGGUGGAUCCUGUUAUCCGGAAGUGUUCCAGCAGCAUUGCUACAACCCGCAGGCCUCGACUUCAGGAUUUUUCCAGCAAUCGCAACGAGUCCCCUGCUCGAAAACUACAUGCAGCUUCGAUUCUAUUAUCAAUCCGCCAAUGAUUAAGUGGUUCAUCUUCUACAACGUCUUUGGAUUCCUCUGGCUGAGUUUCUUCAUUUCGGCCUUCAGUGACAUGGUUCUGGCAGCCACCUUUGCCCGCUGGUACUGGACCUUUAAGAAAAGAGAUGUACCCUAUUUUACUCUCACAGGAGCCUUUUGUCAAACUGCCUUCUACCAUCUAGGAACGGUGGCUUUCGGCUCGCUAAUCCUGGCCAUCUGCCGAUUGAUUCGCCUGGUGCUGGAGUACAUCGAUAGCAAGUUGAAAAAGUACGACAAUGCGGUGACGCGGGCCAUCCUCUGCUGCAUGCGUUGCUUCUUCUGGCUACUGGAGACCUUCCUGAAGUUCCUCAAUCGGAAUGCCUACAUCAUGUGCGCCAUUCAUGGAAAGAACUUUUGUAGCAGUGCGAAGGACGCGUUUAACUUAAUUAUGAGGAACUUUUUGCGUGUAGUCACGCUGGACAAGGUCACGGACUUUUUGUUCUUUUUGUCGAAACUACUGCUUACCGCUGGAGCGGGUGUCGCCACCUACUACUUCUUGGUCAAUAAUCCUGCCAUUAUUCAGCUACAUCAUAAUGCGGUGCCCACAACGGUGGUGGUAAUUGCCGCCUUCCUCAUUACGAGCGUGUUUUUCGGUGUCUAUUCCACGGCCGUGGAUACACUGUUCCUUUGCUUUCUGGAGGACUGCGAGCGGAACGAUGGUUCGCCGGAAAAGCCCUUCUUUAUGUCCAAACAGCUCAUGAAGAUACUUGGCAAGAAGAACAACCUGCCGCCGCGCCAGCGUCGUGGCAAGUAAGAAAUUCCGACGGGAAACGGAAGUGCAAAUUAUCAGUUAAUUGAAAAAAGAUUUACAUACUUACAAUUUAUAUAUUUAUGUAUAAUAUAACCCAAAAUCGAUAGGGUUGUGAGCGUGAUUGCUCAAGCUGUAGGUUGCAAUAGAGACUGCAUGAAAUGCAAGCAGCUGUAAGCCAAUACUCUUAAAAUUUACCGGUAAAGCUAAUGUAUAUAAUACGCCAGUAUAUAUAAUAUUUUUUUGCGGCAAGGCCUGUGCGAUCGAACGGACAUGUGAUAGGCGCCCAAUCCAUAAAGACCAAAAGCAAUAUAAAACAAUACAAUUUAUACAGACACAAAAUACAUAUCUCAUUCUUUAGUUUAAACUUUAAACUAUUAUCUCUCGUUAUAUCAGAUAGAUUAUUAUUUUUUCGAAUUUAAUAAAAAUUGAAUUCCAUGAAAA